GAAAGGUUGGGGGCGGACUACGUUCGUGUGGUGCUUGGAGUGUGACGAUAGCGUGUGGACAACUGUGACGCUCUACGGUGGACAAUCCACGGUGGAAGACCACCGAGGUGAGAUGUGUUUGCCCGUGGGGGCGGCGCGCGGUAUGGAGUGAGUGGAGCGAACAUUUCUGGACGAUUCCAUUCCCGCGCGAUGAGACAGCACGGACGUUCGAGCUUGAACGACUGCACAAUAGUGGACUUCUGGUGUUUGGAGAUGUUCUACGGUGGACGGGGUGCUGAGUGAAGGUUUCACGGCGGCACAGUGGACGCAGGAGUCGGAGGAGCGACUCCACAGGACGCCAUGAUGAGGGAGGACCACGAGCCGGAGACGGCCGCCAGUCCGCCGGCCUGCGUCCGCCCGCGCCCCCCGGCCAUCCGCUCGGCCUCUGCUCCGUCGCCGUGCUCCACUGAGCCGGUCUCAGUCGCCGCCAUGCUGGCAGAGCUGGGGGACGCCUCCUCUCCGCUGCUGGAGCCGCUCGACUGGCCCGCCCUGGUGGCUCUCGGAGCCGGCCCAAGCCCGACGUCCGCCGAGUCUCCUGGAUCAGAGGAGCCCUGGAACCCUCACCUGGAGCGGUGGCAAGAGAAGCUGCGUCAGCGCGGCUUGGAGAGGUGGAAGGAGAAACUGAGAGCCAAACGCGCCCAGGACGAGGAGCGCCAGUCGUGGGGCCGCCUGGAGCGACUGGUGCAGCGUCUGAGCCCCGUACAGCGACCAGCGGAGCUGGCACAGCUCGGCAGUGGUGUGGAGCUCGAGGAGCUGGCUGAGCUGUCGGAGCUCGACGGGAGGGAGUCGCCGCUUCAGUGGCAGGAGGCCGGUGGAGGACGGGAGUCGUCUCUGGAGAACGGAUCCACGCACGACUAUGCCGAGAUUGAGUCGAGCAAUGAGCGAGACACGACAGGAAGACAGGAGAAGGUUAAUGCCGAGCGUGAGAUGACAGCUGGUGAUGCUCCGACUACAAGCGGGGCUGCAGUGACAUCAAAGACAACCGAAAGUGCACUGAAGCAUGCCACAGUUGCGGAUGUUGCACAUACGAGCACAGCAAAUGGAUCAAGAGGAGGUGACGCCCCAGACUCCACGGAGGGGGCGCGGCGGGUGAGGACGCGCCGCCGUCGAAAGCGCCGUCUGGUCCGUUCGGAGUCAGCGCCGCUGGCGGUGGCCGUCGACUUCUGGUCGGACGGCGGCGGAAUGACGCCUGACGAGGGUGUCUGCCUGUGCGCCGGCUGUGGGGACGUGUCUCCCACGAUCGCACGCACCGCUGCCCUGUGUCGCUCCUCAGCGCCGUCCCUGAGGCUGCGCUGCGGCGACGGUGGCGCUCCCCGACUGCGGCUUGGUACGACAGGAGAGAACGGUGCUGUUUUGAGAAACAGGCCGACACACGGAGCUACGCAGCAGCCACAGCGUGGAGCUAGUCACCCGAACCUCUGGCAGAGACCGAAAUCACCCGACGCUGGCGAGCGCAGCUUUGACAAGUACCGCAUCAAGGACCCGAAACAGGGCUUCAGCGCGUGGGCGCAGCGCCACCUGGAUCUGAUCGAGGAGGCGCACAGCGCGCGUCCAGAGGGCGCCACCUCGCUGCCUCGGCCCGUGUCGCGCCGGCGGGAGGCACGCCAGCUCCGCGCGCGCGCCCGCCGCUCGUACCCGUCCGCUGAGCUCGACAGCGACGAGGAGCCAGAGCCGGUGGGUCGAACGGCGCCUCUCUCCGCGCGCCGCAGCGCCAGCGUCGACUCUGGGACCUGCACGAGCCCGGCGACGUCGACUGCUCCGCUGGACUCGGCCGCACGCGCCGUGUCCUCCCAGCCGCAGGGACGAGUGGUGCGCAGUCAGAGUGUCGACUCGGGCCGCUGCGAGAGUCCUCUGAGCUCUGGAUCGGCGCCGGUGCGUCGGGCGCCGCGCCGCCGGCCACUGCGCCCCCGCAGCGUCGAGCUACCGCCGGGCCGCUCCGCGGGGGUGUCGGCGGCGACGGGCCAACCGCGGGUGCCGCUGGCGGCCGGCCGGGACGCCUGGCUGCUGGCCGGGCCCGGCAGGGGCCGACUGUCGGCCUAUUUUAUCCGAGACACCGGAGUGAUCAUGGGGGGAGGCCGGGCAGAGCCGCCGCCGACGGCAGCGGCGGCCAGGAGCGGACAGGAGGCGGCGGCACUGGCGGCGCACCUGAGCCGAGCUCUGGCGCUGGUGCCGGACACCCAUCCAGACGCUAAUCCGGAAACUCAUCCGGACACCAAUCGUGAUAUCAAUCCGGAGUUACAUCCGGACAAUAAACCGGACACUGGCCUGGAUACUUAUUCGAACACACAAGAGGACAACAAGGAGAAUGUACGAGAGGACACUUUUGCUGACCCGCAGCAGCCUGCCGCCGCUGAGGACACGGACAGCGAUUUUGUCGGCAGAAGGACGUCUUCCAACACGUCCACCCUCUCAUCCACAAACCUGGUGAGUACCUUUGUCGUCGAGGAUCCUCCUCAGGUCUCUGUGCCGGAUGUGUCUCAGUUUUAG